AUGGAUUUCAUUCUGAGCGGAGCGGCCGCCUGCGGAGCGUGCCUCUUCACCAACCCGCUGGAAGUAGUGAAAACACGGAUGCAGCUCCAAGGAGAGCUGCGGAGCCGAGGCACGUACCAAGUGUAUUAUAGAAACGUCUUUCAUGCGUUUUAUACUAUUGGGAAAGUGGACGGCCUGGCGGGUUUACAGAAAGGGCUCGCCCCGGGCCUGGUGUACCAGUUUUUUAUGAAUGGAGUGAGGCUGGGCUCGUACGCGGUCAUUGAAUCCUCUGGUUACAUCCACAACAGCGACGGGAAGGUCAGCACCCUGAGGACCACGGUGGCUGGAGCCGUGUCGGGGGUGGUGGGCGCCGUCAUGGGCAGCCCAGUGUAUUUAGUCAAGACCCAUUUGCAAAGUCAGUCUACCUCAUCCAUUGCCGUGGGACACCAAUACAAACACCAGGGCAUGGUACACGCACUCAGAGCCAUCUACAAGGAUCAUGGAGUCCUGGGGCUAUGGAGAGGCUCCAGUGCAGCUGUACCCAGAGUCAGCGUGGGAUCUGCUGCUCAACUCUCCACCUUUUCCUCUUCUAAAGAACUUGUUCUGGAACUACAGGUGUUCCCCAAAAACAGCUGGUUGGUUCCUCUCAGUGCUGGGAUGAUAAGCAGUGUGGUGGUGGUCCUGGCAAUGACCCCUUUAGACGUCGUAAGCACACGACUCUACAACCAACCAGUGGACCAUCGAGGAACGGGGCAGCUUUACAAAGGCUUUGCUGACUGCUUCUCUCAGACCUUGAAGAAGGAGGGUCCGCUGGGCCUGUACAAGGGCCUGGGAGCCUCGUACUUCCGGCUGGGUCCUCACACCAUUCUGUCUCUGUUCUUCUGGGAUGAACUGCGCAAGUUUUACUGGGACGUCAGAUAG